AUGAGUCGUUUACGAUUUGUACAACAACAGCAACAACAACAACAACAACAACAACAGCAGCAGCAACAAUUGACGCCACAAAAUCAAUCGCAACCAAGCGCUUCGCCUUCAGUUAUGGGCCCAUCAACUGUCAGAACACCGGAUGCACCCUUCGCAUUCUCACAAUCACAACUAGCCGCUUUAAAGUACCAGAUUCUAGCUUAUAAGCUUAUUUCAAAGAAUUUAGCGCUACCACCUCAUUUACAACAAGCCGUUUUGUCACCGCAAACUGCUCUUGCCAUGGAAAAUGCAGCAGCAGCAGCAGCAGCAGCAGCGGCAGCUAACCAAACACAAUUAGCACAGCAAGGUCAACCUGCGAUUCCCUCUCAACCACCAGCACCAGCACCAGUACCUGGAAUGUCUUUGGAAGCCAAUCAUGUUGUCACUCAUACUGCUCCUAAUGCACAUCAACCGACAACACAAGCACAGGCCUUAAGCAUACAACCUCAAGCAACUCACACCGAACAACAACAGCAACCUUCCACAGCGGCUGCUACGGAAGGCGCUCCUGCUGUUCCUACCGAUGUGCUGGCUGCUACUACGACCUCGACAACAAUCGCAUCGAAAAACUCACUACCAUUCAAUGCUUAUGUUCCACCCUAUGAUCUGUUAAAGAAGCCGAUCAGUUCAUUUGCACAUGCGUCACGCCAACAACGUCUAUUGAUUCCAAGCAUUACACCCACUGGUAUGGAUCCUUACUCCAUCAUUACCGAACGUGAACGCCGUCAGCUUGCUCGUAUCCAAUAUCGUAUUCAAGAACUCGAGAAACUGCCGAGCAAUCUCAACAACGACAAUAACACUGUCAAUAGGAUCAAACUCAAAGCGGUGAUUGAACUCAAAGCGCUCCGUCUCUUGAGCAAACAACGACAAGUGCGUGAUGAAAUCAUUCACGGAAUGAAGCGUUCAACGACGUUAGCGACGUCAGCGGAUCGCCUUGCCUACCGUCGUAUGAAGAAGCAAUCAUUGCGUGAAGCGCGUAUGACAGAAAAGAUUGAGCGUCAGCAACGUACGGAUCGCGAGCAUCGUGAAAAACAGAAACACCUGGAUUACCUACAAACGAUCUGCGAUCAUGGACGUAGCUUGGUGUUGGCACAAGCAACGCAUCGUGCGAAACAAAACAAGCUGGGUCGUGCUGUCUUGUCUUACCAUCAGCAUGUGGAAAAGGAAGAACAAAAGCGUGCAGAACGCAUCAGUAAAGAGCGUAUUCGUGCCUUGAAGAACGAUGAUGAAGAAGCGUACAUGCGGUUGAUCGAUGAAGCCAAGGAUACACGAUUGACACAGCUGCUGCGACAAACAGGCACCUUUUUGGAUUCAUUGACCAAGGCCGUGCGUGAACAACAAAACGACAGUGUGCAUCGUGAGGACCACCAUCUGUUGGAUGACGAGGACGAAAAUCUGGAUGAAGAUCCUACCAAUAACGAUUACUUUAAGGUGACACACCGUAUAAAGGAGGAGGUGUCCCAGCCAGACAUUCUGGUGGGUGGCCGCUUGAAAGAAUAUCAAAUCAAGGGUCUGCAAUGGAUGGUGUCGCUGUAUAACAAUCACUUGAACGGUAUUUUGGCAGAUGAAAUGGGUCUCGGUAAGACGAUUCAGACCAUCAGUUUGAUUACUUAUCUGAUAGAGAGGAAAAGACAGAAUGGUCCUUAUCUUAUUAUUGUUCCUCUCUCGACACUGACGAACUGGACACUGGAAUUUGAAAAAUGGGCUCCUUCUGUCAAGACCAUUGUCUAUAAGGGUCCACCUGAAGUCCGUAAAGAAUUGCAAGCCGAAUUGCGUUAUCACGACUUUCAAGUCGUGUUGACCACUUUUGAAUACAUUAUCAGAGACAGACCUACAUUGAGUAAAGUGAAAUGGUUGCAUAUGGUUGUGGACGAAGGUCAUCGUAUGAAAAAUGUAAACUCGAAACUGACGACUGUGCUACGGCAAUUUUACCAUACGAGAUAUCGAUUGAUUCUCACUGGUACACCCUUACAGAAUAAUCUGCCAGAAUUAUGGGCUUUACUCAACUUUAUCUUGCCUAAAAUCUUUAAAAGUGUCAAGAGUUUUGAAGAAUGGUUCAAUACGCCUUUCAACAACCAAGGUGUUGCUGAUAAAAUCGGGCUGAAUGAAGAAGAACAGCUGUUGAUUAUCAAACGUCUUCACAAAGUCCUGCGACCCUUCUUGCUCAGAAGACUGAAGCGUGAUGUUGAAGCGGAAUUACCUGAUAAGGUGGAGCGUGUGAUCAAAUGUAAAUUGUCAUCGCUUCAGACGCACUUGUAUACACAAAUGAAACGCAAUGGCACACUUUAUACCUCCUUGGAUCCCAAAGGCAAGUCCGCUGUCAAGGGUCUCAACAAUACCAUCAUGCAGCUGCGUAAAAUCUGUAAUCACCCCUUUGCUUUUGAAGAGGUCGAAAAUCUUGUGAAUCCCAGCGGUCUCUCCAAUGAACUCUUGUACCGUACCUCGGGCAAAUUCGAAUUGCUAGACCGUAUGUUACCCAAAUUACGCGCCACAGGGCAUCGUGUGCUGAUUUUCUUCCAAAUGACGGCCAUCAUGAGCAUCAUGGAAGAUUUCCUAAAUUGGAGAGGAUUUUCGUAUCUGCGUUUGGAUGGUUCUACAAAAGCAGAUGAUCGUUCGCAGUUAUUAAAGGAGUUCAAUGCGCCCAACUCGCCUUAUUUUGUCUUCUUGCUCAGUACGCGUGCGGGUGGUCUUGGUCUCAAUUUGCAGACAGCCGACACAGUCGUUAUUUUUGAUUCUGAUUGGAAUCCCCAUCAAGAUUUACAAGCGCAAGAUCGUGCCCAUCGUAUUGGGCAAACAAAAGAGGUGCGUAUCUUCCGUUUGAUCUCGACCAAUUCAGUAGAAGAGAAUAUCUUGGCUCGUGCCAACUACAAGCUGGACAUUGACGGUAAAGUGAUUCAAGCAGGCAAAUUCGAUAACCGCAGUACAGAGGAAGAUCGUGAAGCGUUUUUGCGUAGUUUGUUGGAAGACAAAGCGGACGACGAUAACAAUGACGAAGAAGAAGAUGUGGAUGAUGAAGAGUUGAACGAGAUGCUACAACGCAGUGAUGACGAUCUUGCUAUUUUCCACCGUAUUGAUGAUGAGCGAGAAGACAAUGAUUUACGGGUUUGGAAAGCACAAGGCCGUCGUGGCAAGCCUGAACGUUUGAUUACAGAAGCUGAAUUGCCCGAGAUUUAUUUGCAUGAUGAUCCUAUACCCACGCAAGAAGAGGAUCCCAGUGUGCUGGGCCGUGGUCAAAGAGCGCGUGAUCAUGUGCGUUAUGACGAUGGCUUAACAGAAGAACAAUGGCUGAAUGCGCUGGAAGACGAUAAUGUGGAUUUGGAUGAGUUGAUUGCAAAGAAAGAGCGACGUCGUCAGAAGCGUCUAGCGAAACUCACGGGUGAGGACUACGGAUCGGAAGAGCCGAUACAACCUGCAAAGAGAGGACGCCGCGGCCGACGUGAUGGAAGCCACCCAUUGGAUGAGGUCUCCAUCAGCAGUGCCACAACCGCAGCCACGAUGACGGGCAAAAAGAGAGGACGACCCAAGAAGGGAGAAACAGCCGAUGCAACGAAACGUAAACAUCGUAAAAAUGAAGAAUUGAAUAAGCCUGAAACACUACCGAGUCAUGUGAGAGAAACAAUGACAAGAAUCAUGAUGGAAUGUUAUACAGCUGUGGAAGAAGCCACAGAAGAAGAUGAAGAGUAA